AUGUCUCUACCCCUAGAACUCGUCCGAGAAAUCAUCGACCUCCGGCUCUUCUCCGCCCCACCACACUCUUGGACUCCAGAAGAUCCCGGCUGUUCAACAAAACCCAGAUGGGGCACAAUCCAUGCGCUCAGCCUCACUUCGAAAAGCUACCGCGCCCUAGUGCUCGAAGCAUGGUUCAGAACUCUCUACGUCAAAUCGCCACAGAAUUUAGUCUUCUUGCAAAAGUCGUUUCCUGAGCUGGGGAAACAUCUUGACUUGCGCAGAGCGACGUGGUUUGAUCUUGGGGCAAUUCAAGGUAUUGCUGAUACCCCAGGCUUUGGGCACUUGAAGACGUUGAAGAUGGUGCAAAGCAGAAUGUGGUGUGAGAUUUGCCAAGCUUGCUGCAUGGUCGGGUUCAAAGACAGGCCUACGAGUUUGGUGCACGAGGGGGGGUUGGGGUUGCCUAUCCUCUACGCGCGUGUUUUAGCACCCCUUGAAUGCCUCGAAGAAGUUGUGAUUAUGAUAACCAACAAUGGCUUUGGGUGGACUACAUUAAACGUAAACCCGAACUUAUGGUCGGGUGAAUGUGAUGCGUGUAUGAUGAUGAUGUGCGACAAUGAUGCGUUCCGCGAGAAGUGGGUUGCUAGGAAGAAACGCGUCGGUCUGGCGUCCGGCGAUGGUGGAAACGAUGAUGGCCAGAAAGAUGUGUUCAGGAUCCUCAAGACCCCAUCCAAGCAACCUAGUCGACUUCCUACCCUCCUCCAAACGGGGCAAGGAUGCGGAGAAUCGCCUUGGGACCCUCCCGGUUGUGCCUUCCAGAGCGCAUGA